UUUUCGGUUACAGCGGUUUAUGUCAAAUGAAAUGCGCUUUAAGAGGACCGCUGUUCCGUUUUGGACUCUAAAACAAAUUCUUAUAAGGCUAUUGUCUAGUGCAAAAAACGGAGGUGGUAAGAAAGAAGCAUGUGCAAAAGUGGCGAAAUUCGAAUCAUGCCAGUUGGAUCCCUGUACGUUGGAUCCAUGCAAGCCGGAACCGAGUGUAAUUAUUAUUGGGGCAGGAAUGGCGGGUUUAUCAGCAGCGCAUCGUUUAGCGCAAUGCGGUCUGCAAAAAUUUACGAUACUGGAGGCAACAGAUAGGCCCGGCGGUAGAAUUCAUUCUUGCUGGUUGGGAGAUGUCGUUGCUGAGAUGGGAGCAACCUGGAUAGAGGGUGGAAGCGUGACAAAUCCUGUUUUUACUCUAGCGGCACAGGAAGGACUUUUAAAGGCACCCCUCUCUAGACCCGAACCAAAUCAUGGACUCUUCUGUACCAGCGAUGGUCGAGCGAUCGAUCUACCGGUCAGCAUCAUUGCUUAUCAUACCUUCCGACAGAUCGAACAACAAGCAGCGGCUCUCUUCUCUUUGGGUUGCGGUCGUACCCACGGUACGUUGCUGAAUUUCAUGGGCGUCAGAAUACAGCAAGAGCUACACAAUUUCCCGGAGGAGCAACGAUAUGACGCGGCUAGGGUAAUGUACGGUCUAACCAACUUCAUCAGAUGCCGUUGCGGUGACGAUCUUUCUCUGGUCUCAGCCGAUCAGUUUGGUAGUUACAUAGAGAUACCUGGUGGAAAUGUAAGAGUGCCUCUUGGAUAUGUCGGUGUUUUAGCACCGUUGCUUAGAGAUUUGCCAAGCUGUUGCCUCAAAUACUGUAAACCAGUGAGUUCCAUCAGGUGGGGUGUCAUCGACGAUUCCUGUCCUCGUGCUAUGGUAAAAUGUUGCGACGGAGAUGAAUAUCCAGCCGAUUAUGUCAUCGUAACUCUAUCUCUUGGCGUACUGAAGCAUCAACACGACAAACUUUUUUGUCCCGCUUUGCCACCUGAGAAAAUUGAUGCAAUAACGAAACUAGGAUAUGGAUACGUUAACAAGAUAUUUCUCGAGUAUGCUAGACCUUUUUGGGUUUGGCGAGAAGGAGGGAUCAAGUUGGCAUGGUCUGCCGACGAAUUAGCGGAUAGAUGCGACUGGGUUAAAGGUAUAUCUUUCAUCGAAGAACUCCCAAGUUCGCAACAUGUAUUAUGUGCUUGGAUAUGUGGCCGUGAAGCCGCAGAAAUGGAACUAUGUUCCGAUGAAGAAAUAGUCGAUUCUAUAACGCGUUUGCUCCGGCAGUUCACCGGUGAUCCAACCUUACCAUAUCCAGCUAAUAUUCUCAGAAGCAAGUGGUGCUCCGACCAAUAUUUUGCUGGUUCAUAUAGUUACAUGGCUAUGAAUAGCACUGUUAACAAUCAAUGUCAUCUAGCCACUCCUAUUCCAGGUACAUGCGAACCGGUUCCACCGAUUCUUUUCUUCGCUGGAGAAGCAACGAUCCCGGGACAUUAUAGUACCGUGCAUGGUGCCAGACUUAGUGGAAUACGUGAGGCGGAACGAAUAAUUCAAUUGACAAAAAGAUAUGGUGGCCCUCCUCAAAACUCUUCGUGCAAAUUGAUUUUUACGAAAUGGAACGACACGGAUCAAUCAAUCACAUUAUUAAAUCCAGAUAACAUAAACAGCAUAUAUUUCAAUAAUUAUUUGAUAACAAUGAUAAAACAGAUAAUAGUAUUAGUAUAAUAUUAAUAUGGAUACGAACGAUGAAGCACAUUCUACACGUUUCAAUUUUUAUUAUAUUCCAGUGGUCCCCAUCAACGAACAUAAUCUAAAUCAUUACCAUGAGUGGCAAUAUUUCGAAUAUGCUAUAUGAAUAAGUUUUCGUUAUUAAACGACAAUUACGAGCUUGAUAACCUUUAAUAAAACUUAAUAUACAAGCUCUCAUGAGGAAUAAUCUAGCUACUUGUUGAGCCGUUCUACGAGCUCUAACUUAUUUCUACGCCUAUCGUUGUUCUAAUCUCAGUGCUACAUUUUAACGAGUGUUGAAUUUGCGCCAUUCCGAACUAUUUUAUAUUUUUAAAGAAUGUCUAAUAGAUUACAUACACAACUUACACACGAUAUAUAUUGCAUAUUAAAUAUUUCGGUGGGCAAUAAUACACAACCAAGUUCAUAAUAAACUAUUGAAACAAUAAUAAAUUAUAAUAACAUUUAGUUACCGUUUCAAACAAACUCGUUACUGCGAUCAUAUCUGACACUCUCCUACAUACAUACAUCGUAUAAUUUAAUUAUUUAUAAUAUGAUCUCAAAAAUAUAUAUAUGAGAAAAUAACAUAUUAUAGAUAUUCUUUAUUAAUGAUAUGUGAGCAUUAUUAUACUUAUAUACCGUGGCAAAUUAUGUGCAAACAUAUCAGAAAAUAUCAAUAGGAACUGUUAGUGAAAAUAUUCGACUUCGUCACAUUGAUCUCCAUCCAUUAAAAAAUAAUUAAACUAUUUCGUAAAUCUCUACGUUAUAAUAUAAACUAUGAUUGGUUAAAAUAAUACUGUUAAAUUAUUGAAAUGUCGACUUCAAUAGGGUGAAUCUCACAUAAAACGUACUAAUAAUUUUGGAAAAAAAAAGAAUUUCUAAAGGGAACAAAAGAUGACUUAUACGAAGAAGAAAUAAAAUUAUGAUUGAUUACAAGUCGCUGGUGCAAGCGAUCUGCAACCACGAGCUAUUUGAGCGCGCCAUCACUUGGAAACCGAAUGCUCUUCCAAUACUUCAUCGGCUCUCUGUUUAAUCUCCUUCCAUGAGUAGAGUAUAUCACUGCUCUCGCUCAUCCGUGAGCAUAUUGCUAAACGAAGAAAAUAUAUAUCGUUUAUCUUCGAUGGAACCAGAUGAAUAUUUCCAGCACCAUUUAUUCUCUUCAGAAGAGCCUCGUUCACGUCAUUAGAUGCCUGUUAUCAUUCAAUCGUUAAAUUAAUCUUAUAAUAUUAAUAAUAAGUACUAAGUUUAAUCGAUGUUUUUAGAUAUCAAACUAUGUUUCAACGAUCGUCUUUGAACAAUUAAAAAAAUUGUUAAGUCUAAUUUUCUUAAAAGUUUAUUAAAAUAAUUUACCUUCAAUCUAAAGCAAAUUAAUCCAAGAAUAACUUCAGCAACGAUCUCGAAACGGGAAUCGGAGAGAACAAGUGCUUCAAAUUCAUGAGCUUGAGCAACGUGUGACCUUAUAUAUUUCUGUAGAUUUUCUACCCCGUAGAUUCUUAGAACGAACCAGAGUUUAAGUGCUCGGAAUCUACGACCGAGUGGAAUUUG